AUGUGUGAGCACAUCUCCAUCCACAUUGACCAAUCUGGUAUCCAGAAUGGCAAUGCCUGCUGGGAGCUCUACUUCUUAGAAUAUAGCCUCCAGCCUGAUAGUCAGAUGCCUCAUGACAAGUCCACUGGGGGAGGAGAUGACUCCUUCAACGCCUUCUUCAGAGAAACAGGCACAGGUAAGCAGGUGACCCAGACAGUGUUUGUAGACCUGGAACCCACGAUUAUUGAUGAAGUUCACACUGGUACCUACCUCCAGCUCUUCUACCCUGAGUCGCUUAUCACAGGCAAGGACGAUGCUGCCAAUAACUUUUCCUGUGGCCACUACACCAUCAACAAGGGGAUCACUGACCUUGUCUUGGACCUAAAUCAUAGCCUGGUCCCACAGCUGCAUCUCCCCAAAUAA